UGCCCUCAGCCCCUCGUCUGCCCCGGCACAGGGACGCUGCCAGCGCCAUGGCCCGGCCCGGCAGCACCCCAACCACGCGCAGCAGCCGCUGCUGUGUCCCAGCUCAGCUGCCUCAGCAAACUCACACUUCUCUCUUCUUCCUACGGGGGUCUCUCCCAGCUCCACUCACCGUCACUGCACCCCCCGGCCCCAUCACCGUGGCCAAGGGCGAGGACGUGGUGCUGCCCUGCAGCUUCUCCCCGGGGCAGAAUGCACAGGACACGGAGGUGACCUGGUUUCGGGAGCAGUUCUUGCCCUUUGUGCAUCGCUACGAGUUGGGCCAGGACCAGUACGGGGAGCAGAUGGUUCAGUACCAAGGGCGCACUGAGCUGGGGAAGGACGGCCUUGCCAAGGGCAGCGCGGACUUGAGGAUCUUCCGUGUCCAACCAUCUGACACAGGGAGUUACACCUGCUUUGUUCAACGAGGCUCAGAUUACGAUGAGGCUCUGGUGGAGCUCAAGGUUGAGCAGGACAAGCUGCCCCAUGGGUGGGGGAGCAGAGCUGCAGGCUGGGGGUGGGACAGGGCUUUGCACUGCUCAGCCUUGGCACAAACCCGCCCUCCAGCCCGUGCAGGGGGUCCCAGGAGAGGGCAGACAGGGGAUGUCCAAAUCAAUGGCCCACAACCCAUUUGUGCUGCUUUAUCUUCCUUUUCAGAGGAACAAGCCCAGGAACUCGCAUGGAGAAGACACGCAGUGCCUAUAGAAGCAGCGAAAGUGGUUCUGGAUCCAGACACAGCCCACUGUGAGCUUGUCCUGUCUGACAAUGGCAAAAGUGUGACACGAGGGGACACACGACAGGACAUCCCCGACACCCCCGAGAGAUUUGACCUGUGGCGCUGCGUUCUGGGCCGUGAGGGCUUCACCUCGGGGAGACACUACUGGGAGGUGGAGGUGGAGAAUGCAGGAAGAUGGGCUGUGGGGAUUUUUAGAGAAGAUGGAAACAGGAAAGGUGAUAUUAAGAUUAAACCAGAGAAAGGCAUCUGGGGAGUGGGGAAGUGGGCAGUAUUGAAAGCUUUCACCUCCCCUAGUCCCACUCAAUUUCCUGAAAUUAAGGCUCCCAGGCGGAUCCGGGUCUCUCUGGAUUAUGAAAUGGGACAGGUGGCAUUUUUCAGUGUUGAUGAGGGGAUUCCCAUCUUCACGUUUCCACCUGCAUCAUUUGGGGGGGGAAAAGUCUACCCUUGGUUCUGGCUGGGUCCUAGGAUAUGUCUGAAAAUGUGGCCCUGAUGAAGAGGAGGCAGUAAGAGAAGGGUCUCCAAGGGUGGAGAUCUCGUUAGCUCUCUGCACCUCUCUUCCAUGCUGCAUCUCUCCAAGAUCUUUCUCUGAGGCCAGACAUGCUGUUCUGGUCCCAGUGCAGAUCAGUGGGAGAGGCCAUGGCCAAGACCUUGUGUGAUGAGAUCACCCCACAUCAUUUCCAGGUGUGGGGAAAAGGGACUUUCUCUCCUGCUUCUGAGGGUGUUCCUUACACAUGGAGGGUGGAACCAUUGUUUCCUUGUCUCAGGCUCAGGGAGCAUUUGGCAUGUAAAUCACUCUCUCUUUGUACACUUUUCUUAUUCCUAUUGUUGCUGUUACUGUUGGUUUUAUGAUCUCAUUGCAGUUUCCAGUGAAUUGUUCUUCUCUCCACCCAUGAUCUUUGCCUUUUGUGCUUUCAACCAGAGGUGUGGGCAGGGGGAGU